AUGAUAAUUUGGAGUCGCCAAGAUGUCGGCAGCGCUGAUGCGGUCACAAUACAUUCAGAACGAACGAGACGCGCGGCCUCGGACACUCUGGGAGGAGCAGUGGAUGACGCGCGACAACAACCAACUACUGAACCAAGAGCCUGUCCGGAAAGCAAGCCAAUAGGUGUUGAAAAUAAUCAGCAAUACUUUAUAUCGGGCAUGCAGUCACAGAUACAAACAUACAAGAGACGUGUCCACACACUACACUAUACUACUGCAGUAGAUCAACACACGUGA